CCCUAUGAAAUCAUCAUGGCGUCUGCUGUGUGGGGGUAGAAAAUAAAAAGUGCCAGCCAUGACAAUUAGUUGAUCCCUCUGCUAGUUGCUGCUGGUCUUAUUCUUUUUCACACAUGGUUGAGUUUUCUUCCUCGACACACAAAGUAGUUUUUUUGUUACCAGGAGGCAAGUUUUGAAAUGGCACGAAAAAUGGUCGCUGGGUAGAGCCGAGUUGUUGCGUGCGGUAUUCCCCACCUCUCUCUGUGCUGCAGCAGCAGCCCCUGGAGCCCUAAAAGUGUUUUCAGAGGUCGGGGCAACAAACAGUCAGACAAGAGCCUGACGUUGUACGCAACGGUUCACGCCGGCUGCACUGCAAGAACGUCCAUUUCUUUUUCGAGUAUUGCACACAUUGUUGAAAAUUGUUAAAAAUGUCGUCGUCGUAGUGAAGUCGAAAGAAUUUUUCCUUUUUUUUGUUGUUUGUUUCGAGCCAAAACGAAUCCGGUUCGAAUGUGACUCGCGUGUGUGUUUUCGAGAAACCCAAAAUUUUUAGUCGAACACAAACAGUGUGACUCGUGUGUGUGUGUGUGUUCUAAAUUUGUAACGCAGCAGCUGCAGCUUUCGAACCUGGUAGAAAAAUCCAUCUGCCACCAUUUUUUUUUUCGUCUCGUAUUUUGUUGCAUUUUUACCUUUUGGUUUGGGUCAGUGGACGAGUCAUUAAUAGUCGAUGGAUUUUUGAUUACUCACGAACUUCAUCGGGCUGUGUGUGUGUGUGUGAUCCAUCAUGAGAGUCUUUUCUCGUAACUUGUUUUUCCCUUGAUUUUAGUGUUUGAAUGACAACAUUUACGUAAAGGGAAACCCGAUCAUCAAGUGAAAUUUCAUCUGGCUAUUGUGUGUGUGUUUUUCCCGAAAUAAUAUAAUACAAAAACGUGAUGGCCACUGGUGGUAAUAAAGCGAGUUCUGGCGGGCUGGCACCGACCGGAAAGGUUUUGGCCAACAAGUCGGGUCGUCCGUCGUCGACUAUUGUCACGUCGCAAUCUUCUGGAAAGAUUCAGACCAAGUUGACGUCAACGUCGUCGCGACUGGGGACUGGCGCGUCGUCGUCGUCGGCGGCGCCUCCUCCGGUGCGGAAGUCGAGCCUCGCGUCUACCAGCAGCUCGACCGCAUCCAGCAGCAGCAGCAGUCAACAACAAAGAGGCUUGAAGCUUCGUCCAACUAAUCCAUCCGUGUUACCUGUCGUUUGUGUCUAUUCCGAUCAGAAUCAAUUGGUUCGCAAGGAACAAUUCCGCGCUCCUCCUGUCGUCAAUCCUCCUGUCGUCAAUCCUCCAGUCCCAGUCAAAUCUCAGCCGAGAAACAACAACAACAACGAGAACCUUCAAGUUCCUCGCUCAUCCGUCCCCAAUUUUUCUUCCGGUAGUCAGAUUCCUGUCGCCACUCAGCAGGCCAGGGCCAUUCAUCUGAAAUCGACCAUUUCAUCAACUGCUCGUGUCGGCAACAACAACGGCAGUCCUGCUGGAGCCAAACGUCCCAAAAUGACCGUUCCGCGUUCCGCUGCUACCAAGGUCCCCCAGCAGCAGCAGCAGCCUGUUGCAUCGACGUCGAAAAAUAAUAAAGGAAUUGAGAAAGUGAAUCGACGCCGGAAUGAGAAGAGCGUUCCACCACUUCAAUCCCGUAAAGCGGAAAUGACAAGUGGCAUCACCUCUUCCUCUGCUGCUGGAUCAAACCAAAACAAACCGUCGGCCAAUCCGCAGCUUCCUGGCUUAUCGGGCGCCCGUCCAACCAGAAGUUGUAGUAGUAGUAGUAUCGCCGACGGGCCCUUGCCUGGUUCAGUUGCCGCCCAGCCUGCCAGUCGAGUGGAGUCAACCAACAACGUGCUCUCGCGUCCUUCGACUCUCAGUUCUCUACCUUCCAACCACGCCAGCAAGAAAGUGACAAGCGCACGGAACACGAACCAUUCCAAACCGGCCCGCAUCUCAACAGCAACAACCUCCUCCGCUUUCGCUUCGCCUCGUCCCUUUCACCCGUCUGUUCGUGUAUCAGUGGCGGAUAACCCCGACCUCAAACCACAGUCUCAAGGAUCCACCGUCGCCAUCAACCAUGGCUCCUCGGAAUUCGUGGAUGGCGCCGCUGCAGCCGGACUAGCCGACGCCGCCACCGCCGACUCAUCUUCGCCUUCGCCUUCUCACUCAGUCUGUGACAGAGACACUAAUUACGUUGUGUUUGACUAUCCACAAGCUCUGGACGAACCGGAUCAUUACAGUCAAGUGGUCGUCAACCAAGAGGAAAAGGUUACAGAGUCACAUCAACAACAAGAUCGAGACGUCAUGGGCACUUACCCGGAUGUUGCCUAUAGUGCGGACAAGUCGCCGGAUGACGGCAGUUCGGCCGACAUUGCCCGUCACCACUUGAAAGAAGACGAUCUCCUUGACGAUUUCUUCAAAUUCGUUUCCAAUGAAAAUUUGAGAAAGGUGACGGUUCUCAAGACGGUCCAAGGCCUAGGUCUGAGCGUGACCGGAGGCGUUGCAACCUCAACUAUAGGUGGUGGAACUACUGGUGGUAGUAGCAUGGCAGGAUUUUCGUCACCGUCAACGCUCGACGCCGCUUUCGUGGCAUGUUCCUGGCCUGGUUUGAUCCGCAUUAAGAAAAUUUUCCCCCAUGGAGCCGCCUGGCAGACGGGUCAGCUGGUAGUCGGUGAUGUUCUCCUGGCCGCCAAUGGACAACCCCUCACCGGCUGCACAAAUUAUGAAGCAUUGGAAGUGUUGCGCUGCUCUCCGCGUGAAACUAAUCUCUUGGUGUGUCGCAUCCCGUCAGAAAUAGCCGAGAAGAUGGGCAUUCACCCACCCGAGUCGCCCACAUCAGCUAAUUCUAGUCACUCCAAUUGGCUCUCACCUGUUUUGACUCUCAGCACUCUAGGCGAAUUUGAAAUUAACAUGACGAAAGUCAACGGCAGUUUGGGUUUUACAUUGCGAAAAGAGGACGAGAGCAUUUUGAGCCAUUAUGUUCGGUCAUUGGUCAAAGAACCGGCUAUUUCCGACGGCCGUAUCCAUCCCGGAGAUAAAAUUAUCAGCGUUAACGGAGUAAACAUGUCGGAAAUGAGCCACGCUGAAGCUGUUGCUUUUCUACGUCGUUGCCCGGACUCCGUCACGAUACGCCUUUUCCGUGACUCUGCAGUUACUCCGCUUUCACCAUUAUCGCCGACGGAGCCAGAAUCGGGAUUGAACCGGCCUCGCCCACUCCUAAGACAAGAAGCUCAAGACCUGCUUCACGAUCUAGCCGUUCGCAAGCAAGGUGGUUCAAGAGGUGCCUCUCCAGCUCCAGCGCUUUCUGGAUCUCCUUGUUCACCCCGUCGACGCCGUUUGACCAAAACACCGAGCCCUGAUUUAGCAACUGUAGCCAAAGAUCGAUUUGGAUCGCCGUCUUCUCAUAAAGACAGUUGUUGUAGUCUCCCUCCAAAUUUCACAACGUCGCCACCGAUGAGCCCUCUCCCUGAAAUUGAUAUGGAACGCGAUGCAAUGGCCAAUAGUCUAGAUCUCACAGAUUGUAAUACUGCAUCGUUCCAUACCCCGUCUGGAACGACUAGGGUUUCUCGACCCGAUUUUCUCGACCUCAGCAACUCGCUGGUGAAAAAGCAACGAUUCAUGUUUACCCCACCUAACGAUCAUCCACCGUCGGGAUUCGAAGAGCGCCAAGCGGGUGACGGACAACCUGAGCCACCCGUUGUCGACCAGGAACUGGAGAUAUCAGAGUACCUCACGCCCAAUCGAAUAGGCGACUCUAUCCGGGAGGACUGUUCCAGAAAAAGUUUCAGCGGAUCCUUUUGUAUUCGAGGAGAGGAUGUAGUUGAUCACUCUGCUCUCGGCAAUACGUUGGAGGAGACAAUGGAUGAAGAAUUUGUUUCUUUUCAAUCGAACUCGACUAUGGAACGUUACGCACCACAGGGGUUGUCUGACCACGAUCUCAGUAACCGUUUCUCGUUAUGCGACAACUCUGGCGCCAACCGCGGAAAGGACGGCCUAGUUAAAUGGAAGGGCAUCGUUCUAACUCCUGACGAAGAAUAUGUUGAAGAAGCUCACCUGGGAUUGAUUCAGACGAUUGAACUUAACAAAGGAUGGAAUAGUCGAUUGGGAUUUAGUGUGGGCCUUGACUGUGAUGGGCAACUGGUAAUUAGCGCUAUCUAUGACGAAAGCGUUGCAGCUAAAGAUGGCCGAUUGAAGGUUGGAGAUCAUGUCUUACGGGUCAACGGCGAAAAACUUGAAGGUUGCUCUAAAGAUUACGUUAUCGAUAUUUUAAGAAAGACGAGAGGUCCAGUUGCCAUUACGGUUCGGAAGAUUGCUUAGGAAAUAUUUGUUCUCAAUUUUUCAUGUUCGUUUUCUUUUCUCUUGUCCCGUCCGCGUGCCAACUUACCGCAUCCAAAUAGUUUCUGAAAGGCAUACAUUAAUCAUGAAAAUGAUAGAUCUUUUAAACCGGCACCCAAUAUUACCGGUUCGUAUCGUUUGUUCUAAAGCCUCUCCUGUUUACCAAAUAGCCUCCAAGGUUUGUCGCACACUCUAUUUAGUGCCAUUACAUAAUCCCGUUAGGUCUUUAACGUCGCAAGCGUAAACGCAAGUCGACUAUGAAGAUGCUGUGGCCUUAAGAUUGAAUGGUUUUUGCCUGUACAAAAAAGCAGUUUACUAACUUAAUGUAAUGAUCACAAUGAUGUCGAUUGUCGAACCGGUUUUAAUAAAAGUUUUCUACGAA